AGAUCUUUGGAACUGAUAUCAAUAGAAUUUCUUCAGCAACUAAAAAGAAGACAAAUUCCUAAUCCAUAUUCAUCUCAAAAGUCAUCGCCUAUGAUAUGGGAGACUUAUCCUUGGAUAUACAUACAGCUAGCGAGGAAUUUCUUGUUCAACUCUGCAACAAGCUCAUAAAAGAGGAUAGGACUAUUGGGGGCUGCUUUGGAGGGGAUAGAGUUGUUAGACUCACGGACAAUGUAGCAGCCAAAUUUGGGCUCGGCGUCACAGCUUCCGAGGCAAAAUCUCAAGAAUUUGCAUAUCGAAAUGUUGAUCCAAAUAUUGUUCACAUUCCCCAAGUUUACCGCUAUUUCCGCUGGGAAGAUUUUGGCUACUUGUUCAUGGAGUAUGUGCCCGGGCGGCAGCUAAAUGAGCUCGAUCUUGAUGAAAACGUGAAUAUCAUUCCCCGUGUUACAAGAAUUAUCGAGCACCUUGGAAAAAUUCAGGGCGUUCACGUACCUGGCCCUAUAGGCGGGGGAAUGCCAGAAGGUUAUCUCUGGGGCGAUGACGGCGCAAGGACGACUUUUACCUGUGUAGCAGAUAUGGAAGCUUGGCUCACUAAAUGUUUGGUAAUACGAGAUAAAUCUAUAGAUUUAAGCUCUCAUCCACUUGUUCUUUGCCACAUGGAUUUAUGUCGACGGAAUAUGAUCCUUAAAGAAGACAAUACGAUUAGUCUCCUUGAUUGGGGCUGCUCUGGGUUCUAUCUACGGUAUUUCGAAUUCGCGACCCUCUCUUUUAUGAUGCCGUAUGAUGAAAAUUACGAAACUCCAUUGAUACAAGCUAUAGCUACCUUGCUGAAUUGGAUAGAGGAUGAGAAAGCUUUAAUUAGCCUGUUGGAACUUGCUCGUGCUAUUGCCCUACGAUAUUCGUUGUAAGUGAUUCAGCGUGACAUUGAAUGGCUCAGAAUACUUUGGAAACUAAUCGUUUGCACAGAGAAACUGAAAAUAAGUAUGAGUUACCAAAGGAUUUCUAUUCUUGGCGCUGUUCAUCACCCAUGCUAAGCCGAUCGCCUAGCCCGUCAUGAUCGCUCCCAAACUGUCUGUGAAAGCUUUGUCAACAAAUGCUUUACUAUCUCAUCACAUCGUCCAAACCUGGCGCAAAGUGAGGUAUACAAGUCGGUUUUAUCACUCUAUCUACCUUGAUUCUUAUAAGACACUGGAAGAAGAUAUGUAUUUCCGGAGGUUAUUAGCCUAGCAUGUUCAGAGUUGUUCCUGAAUUAGUUAU